AUGAUGCGCUACGUGCUGUGUAUCCUCGCUCUCCUGCUCUCAUGUGCGUGUGUGCACGUCCUCGCUGAAGAAGUGCCUGCCGCCGAUCUUUCCGACCAAGUCCCUGAUACGGAGAGUGAGACAAAGAUUUUUCUUCAAGGUACUUGUCCUGCUGCUGGUACUUCUGAGCCUGGUUGUUCUGGUGGUGGUCAUCCUCCUGGAACUACUUCUCCCUCAAUCCCUGCUAAUGUUAGUCCUGCGCUUCAGAAUGACAGAAAAGAGGGUGUUGAGGAUAGAAUUCCUGUCACUGAAGCAUUAGGUGAAGAUAGGGGUGUGAAUCGUCAAGACAAUACUCAGGACAAUUUACAUGUUGCUGGUCAAAGAGAAACUGAACACCAACAACUUGCUGCUGCUUCAACUACAAGAACCAAUCCUGCUGACAGUCUAACAGUGCAGGGUCACAAUCACGAUAGAGAGCAGACUCAAGACCGAACACAUCAAGGAGGAGCGAAUGUUUUAUCACCGAUAAAAGAAGUACAACCUUCUGUACACGGUGGAAAAGCAGAAGAGAAAUCACAAGAGAAUUCAAAGGAGCAGCUCACUCUGCAAUCUAAAGGUAGUCCCAAUGAGAACUCUGAUGCGCCACAGAGAUCUGGUCCCCAGGUGCAGGAAACAUCGUCUGCAGGAACACAAGAUGCCAACGAAAAUAAGAAUAAUGCAGAAGACCAGAAUGUAUCAAGUGGAAGUACAACUACGAAUAAUGAUUUACCAACACAAUCUUCUUCAUCAACAUCUACUGAAACCCAUUCUACACUUUCACCACAGGAAACUGAGGGGAAUAAUGAAUCUGAUCAUAAAAACGCUGAGAGCGGCACUGCACCUGAAGGGAGUGGGUCACCAAACACCCAAAAUGAGGGAGAAAAUACAGAUAUCACAACCACCACCACCCCCACAACAACACUUCCUCCUGAACUCACAAACAACAAGAAGGGUGAUGCAGACAGCAGCAGCAGUAUCAGCAGUUCUGUGUGGGUGCGUGUACCACUACUGAUUGUGGUUACACUGGCCUGUAUUCUUGUGUGCUGA